ACCAUCAAUAACAUAAUACAAUAAUAUAUACAAUGCUUAGAAUUAAACCCGUUCAAACAUUCUCACGUUCGUUCUCCACAACACCAACCAGACAUAUUGCAACUACCAUUAAUAAUGGAAUCAAAGGUUUCAAGCCAUUCACACUGGCCAGUCAGGUGAUUACCAAUUAUAAAAGAGGGGUGGUUAGUUUUGUUACUUGGACAGUUGCAUUUUAUGCAGUUAUGUUUUGGCCAGUUUUUCCUCGAGUAAUACUGGAUUUCAUAAAUGAUGUUCCUCCAAAUUUAACAGGGAUCAACUCACCUGAUAGAUCCCUUGAAUUAUAAGCAUUUUAAUAUUUAUUUGGCAUCUAGACUUGAGUUAUAGAUUAGAGUUAUUUUUAGAAAGCGAGAGUGCUUCUGUUACGGUAUAUAGAAUAAAAUCAAACGAUACUUGAAACAAAUAAUGUAGUCCUUUCAGAUCUCGUCUAUUUUAAAUCCGCAUUUACUACAGCGGCUAUCGUUAAAGAAAAGGGGUUUAACUAAACUCAACGGUGCUAACUUGGCCAAUACGAAUCUACAACAAACGCCGUGCUUUAUCGUACAUAAGGAAAGACCCGAGUCAUCUUGUUGGCCUAAUUUAAAAUUAACGUUAUUUGAUUGUUUGCAAACUGGCAACGGUAGACGAACUGCAGCCAAACUUCUUUAUAAU